AUGCCCCAAUUGUCAGCGAUCUAUGCUUCUAGCAAUAAUUUCGGUGGUGCGUUGCCGAAUCUUAUAGGAAACUUUUCCACUCAUCUUGGUUUGUUUUAUAUCGAUAAUAAUAAAAUAUAUGGAGUGAUACCGGAAAGAAUUGAACAACUAAUCGGUUUAAUUGACUUAACCAUUGGAUACAAUUUCUUUGAGGGAACAAUUCCAGAUUCAAUUGGAAAGCUUAAAAAUUUGGGAAUAUUGGGCUUGGAUGGUAACAAAUUAUCCGGUAACAUUCCAAUAAUCAUUGGCAAUCUUACUUUGUUGUCUGAACUAGGUCUAUCUAAUAAUAAAUUUGAAGGAAGCAUUCCAUUUACCAUAAGAAAUUGCACCCAAUUGCAGUUAUUAAAUUUUUCUAGUAACAGAUUGAGUGGUCAUAUGCCCAAUCAAACAUUUGGAUAUCUAAAGGGUUUAAUAUUUCUUUACUUGAACAACAACUCCUUGACAGGUCCCAUUCCUUCAGAUUUUGGUAACUUGAAGCAACUUUCUCAUUUGAAUCUAAGUUUGAAUAAGUUGUCAGGUGAAAUUCCAAAGGAUUUAGCUUCUUGCCUAGAAUUGACAAAACUUGAGUUGGGGAGAAACUUCUUCCAUGGAGCUAUACCUUUGUUCUUGGGCUUAUCUUUAAGGUUCCUUGAAAUAUUAGACCUUUCUGAAAAUAAUUUUUCGAGCAUAAUCCCCUCUAAGCUAGAAAAUCUAACAUUUUUGAAUAAUUUGGACUUGUCCUUUAACAAACUCUAUGGUGAGGUUCCCAAAGGAGGUGUCUUUAGCAAUGUUUCAUCAAUUUCACUAACCGGAAACAAGAACCUUUGUGGAGGAAUACCUCAAUUGCAACUUCCUCCAUGUAUUAAGUUACCUGCCAAGAAACACAAAAAAUCUUUAAAAAAGAAACUCGUCAUUAUUAGCGUAAUUGGUGGGUUUGUGAUCUCUGUCAUAACUUUUAUAAUUGUUCAUUUUCUCACGAGAAAGUCCAAAAGGUUACCAUCUUCACCAUCUUUGCGAAAUGAGAAAUUGAGGGUUACUUAUGGAGAGCUACAUGAAGCAACCAAUGGUUUUUCUUCUUCCAAUUUGGUAGGAACAGGAAGCUUUGGCUCUGUUUACAAAGGAUCUCUUCCUAACUUUCACUACUAG